AAAAGUAUCUCCAGCUUCAAAUUCAGAAAAACACACAGAAAAUCUCUCUCUCUCUCUCGCUAAAACCUCCAAAAAUCAUCCUUCUCCGGAGACGCUUCGUUUAAGAACAAAUAGAGGGCGAAGAAAAUGGGCAGACAGAAAGGAGAAGCAGCUGCUAACAGAAGCAAGUCUCGCGCUUCCAGUAGCAGUCUUGCGGCGUCUCUAGUGCCGUCGGGUCCGGCGGCGGUAACGGUGGGGUUCGGUGGUUAUAUUGGUAGCUCUCGUUUUGAUACAGAUGAUACUACCGCCUUUUUGGAUAUAGAUGGCGAAGUGGCACAACAUGUAAAGCGAUUAGGAAGGAAGGAUCCUACUACAAAGCUUAAAGCUUUGCAAACUCUAUCUGCUCUGUUCAAGGAAAAGUCUGGAAAGGAAAUAGUUCUGAUUAUUCCACAAUGGGGUUAUGAAUACAAGAAGCUGUUGUUGGACUAUAAUAGAGAAGUUCGACGAGCCACAAAUGAGACCAUGACAAAUCUUGUUACAGCAGUUGGAAGAGAUUUAGCUCCGUAUCUGAAGUCUUUGAUGGGACCGUGGUGGUUUUCUCAAUUUGAUACAGUUCCUGAAGUUUCUUUAGCUGCCAAAAGAUCAUUGGAGGCAGCCUUCCCAGCUCAGGAAAAGAGAUUAGAUGCCUUAAUUCUAUGCACAUCUGAGAUAUUUAUGUAUUUGGAAGAAAACCUGAAUCACACACCACAAAGUAUGUCAUCAGAUAAAGUAACUGCUUUGGAUGAAUUAGAAGAGAUGUACCAGCAGGUGAUAUCUUCGUCAUUACUGGCAUUGGCCACUCUUCUUGAUGUUUUGGUCUGUAUGCAAUCUGAGAGACCUGGUUUUGAGAACAUAUCCUCAGAACCAAAACAUGCUUCAAAGGCUAGGGAAACUGCUAUUUCUUUUGGUGAAAAGUUGUUUUCUACUCAGAACUAUUUUCUUGACUUUCUGAAGUCCAAAACCCCUGCAAUCCGGUCAGCGACAUAUUCUGCAUUAAAGAGUUUCAUUAAAAAUAUUCCUGAUGCUUUUAAUGAAGGAAAUAUGAAAACUCUUGCAGCUGCAAUACUUGGUGCUUUUCAGGAAAAGGAUCCUACUUGUCAUUCAUCAAUGUGGGAUGCAAUAUUAUUAUUUUCAAAAAGAUUUCCUGACAGCUGGACUUCGUUCAAUGUUCAGAAAACUGCAAUAAACCGGUUGUGGCAUUUUCUUAGAAAUGGGUGCUUUGGAUCUCAGCAGGUCUCUUAUCCUGCUCUAGUUAUAUUGCUAGACAUUCUGCCUCCAAAAGCAAUCUCUGGAGAAAAGUUUUUUAUUGAUUUUUUCCAAAACCUAUGGGAUGGAAGGAACCCAUCCAAUGCAACAAAUCCGGAUCGUCUAGCAUUUUUUCGUGCACUUAAAGAAUGUUUUCUAUGGGGGCUAUGUAAUGCAUCUAGGAUUUGUGAUGAUUCAGAUUCCACACAUCAUUUUCAAGUCAGUCUUGUGGACAAUAUUCUUGUGAAACUUCUGUGGCAAGAAUACCUAUUUUCUGUCAGAUUGAAGAAUCAGGACGGAGUAACCUCUGGAGCACCUGGGAAUUCUUUGGAGCAUGGAAAUUUACCUUUUCACCAUAAGUCAGUAGAACCACUGAAGAUCAAGUAUUCUAGGAGUUAUUUUCAAGAGUUGGGAAAAUGUAUUGUGGAAAUUCUAUCUGGCGUUUAUUUACUGGAGCAUGAUCUGCUUUCUACUUUCUCUGUGGUAUUUAAGGAAAACUGCCUCCGGAUGUUUCAGCCAAUGGGAAACACAGAAAGUACUACUGAGAAUGUAGAACAGGUCAUUAAGUUCUUGUCACUGCUGGAAAAACAUUCUGUGCGAAAAGGUGAAAGUUGGCCCUUGGUUUAUGUAGUGGGACCAAUGUUGGCGAAGUCUUUCCCGUUGAUAAGAUCUCAUGACACACCAGAUGGUGUGAGACUUUUAUCAGUUGCAGUUUCAUUAUUUGGCCCGCAGAAGAUAGUCCAAGAACUUUGCAUCUCCAAUGAAGCGAAUUCCUCCUAUUAUGUACCUGCCCACAAAGACAAAGAAUUGGGACCAGAGCUUUUCAUGCAAGUUUUUGAAGGAACAUUUGUUCCUUGGUGUUUGCUUGAAUAUAAUUCCUCCCCCAAUGCUCGACUUGAUCUAUUGCUUGCAUUGCUCAAUGAUGAAUAUUUCUCUGAGCAAUGGCAGAUGAUCCUUUCAUAUGCAAUUAAUCAAGAAAAAUCCGAAUCUGAGCCUGGGCCACAGGAAGUUCAUUACUUAGAUCUGUUGGCAAUGCUUUUAGAAAAAGCGAGAACUGAAAUUGCAAGGAGGAAGAUGAAUAAUGAUUUCAUUCACCAGUUCUGGUUCACACCAGACAAGUGGCAGCAUGAGCUUCUGGAAUCAGCUGCAGUUGCUGUUGCCUGUUCACCUUCUCCCCAUAUGACUUCUUCUGCUCGCUUUUUGUGUGCGGUCCUUGGUGGCUCAAGCAAAGACAAUUGUAUCUCGUUCGCCUCCAAAAAUGCAAUGGUUCUGAUAUUUACGAUAGUUUUCAAAAAGUUGGUUGCUUUUGGUCUUGAGUCCUCUUUCAGUGUAGUGAGAGAUUCAUGUGCUUUAUUAGUUGCUGGAUCAACCAAUUUCGCAGUGGAAAAUGAAAGUUCCAUAAACAAAACUGAGACAGCUCAGUUUGCUCUGAAAGUACUUGGUGGCAGCUUCUUUUGCCUAAAGACAGUCAGCAAUGAAAUUGAGCUGGUUUCAGGUAUUUUGACUUUGGUAUUUAUCAUAGGCUGGGAGAAUAGCUUGGAUACAUUGGAAGAAGAUGUCCUUAAUGAUGAUUCAAAGGAAAAAAUCAAGGGUAGGUUGAGAUUUGGUGAAUCUUUGAAUGGUUUCUGUUCCAAGAUGAAUGAUGAAUUUUGGAAAAGCCUCGGCAUUGACAAUAGAAAGAGAUUGGGGAGUAAUUUGGUUCGCUUUAUUAGGUCUGUCAUAUUUAAGGAAGAUAAACUUGGUGCGGAUAAGAUAACCACUCUGUGCUUUUCUUGGGUUCUUGAAGUUCUUGAAUGUCUCUGCCAUGACCAUGAUGAGGAACAAAAUCUGUUAGACCAGCUUCUUAGCAAGAAUGAUACUUGGCCGGUUUGGAUAAUUCCAGAUUUUAGUGCUCCAAAAGGAUUGGUCAAUUUAAAUGCUGGAGCAGUCUCUGUUGAUAUCUAUGCCACUGGGAAUCUCAAAUUUGUUUCUUUAGUUGACAAGCUCAUCUUGAAAAUUGGGAUCAAUAGAGUUAUAACAGGCUAUGUUGAAAAUACUCUUUCAACCCCCCUGAAGGAAGCAGCUAAAGAAGAGAUUACUUCUCGAGCCUGGCUUGCUGCUGAAAUAUUAUGCACAUGGAAAUGGCCAGGAGGUAGUGCUGUAGCUUCUUUCUUGCCUCUUCUGAGUGCAGGUUGCCGGAGUGGAAAUUAUCCUUUCCAGGAAAGCCUUUUAGAUUCCAUCUUCAACAUCUUACUUGAUGGUGCUCUUGUUCACGGAGAAAGUGGUACACAAAGUUCAUUUAAUCUAUGGCCUGCUUUUGGUGAUGAAUUGGAAAAGGUUGAAGAACCAUUCUUGAGAGCUCUUUUAUCUUUAUUAGUCAAUCUGUUCAAAGAAAAUAUAUGGGAAGGAGACAAAGCUAUAAGACUCUUUGACCUACUCAUACAUAAGCUUUUUAUCGGUGAAGCAGUAAACCAAAAUUGUUUGAAGAUUCUGCCUGUGAUUGUUAGUGUUCUUGUCCAUCCAUUAUGUCAGAGAAGCAUCGAAUCGGAGGAAUCUAACGGUGAUUCUCAAGUUGCUUCUUUGGGUGAAAAACGGAUGCAGGAUACUGUUAAAGACUGGCUACGAAGGCUUUUAUCCUACCCACCUUUAGUUACAUGGCAGGCAGGACAAGAUAUGGAAGAAUGGUUCCAACUGGUUAUUGCUUGCUAUCCUCUUAGUGCAAUGGAUGAUACAAAAUCAUUGAAGCUGGUGAGGGAAAUAAGUCCUGAGGAGAGAAUGCUCAUACUUGAUUUAUUCAGAAAGCAGAGACAUGGUGUUAGUGCAUUAGUAGCUUCAAAUCAACUACCACUGUUCCGGAUGUUGCUAUCAAAGUUAAUGGUUCUUUCGGUUGGUUAUUGCUGGACUGAAUUUACUGAAGAAGAUUGGGAGUUUUUCUUCUCAAAUUUGAGGUCCUGGAUUCAGUCAGCGGUUGUGAUCAUGGAGGAAGUCACGGAAAAUGUGAAUGAUCUUAUCACCAACAGCUCUACUUCUGAAAAUUUGGAUGUUUUUAAGAACCUUGAGAAGAUUGUUUUGAUCCCGGACUCUUAUCCUAUAACUGUUGCUAUUAAUGCCUUGGCAUCCUUUUCUUUAUUUUGUGCUAUUUUGGAACUCCAACAACCUGCUGAGGAUAACCCCCUGAGAGCAGAAAGAUGGGAUUCAACCAGAGAUAGAAUCCUAGAAGGCAUUCUUCGGUUGUUCUUUUGCACAGGCAUUGCGGAGUCCAUAGCAAGUUCCUACAGUGUUGAAGCUGCAUCCAUUGUAGCAGCAACUCGGUUUAAUAAUCCUUACUUCUGGGAGUUGGUGGCCUCAAACGUGGUUAAAUCAUCGCAACAUGCUAGAGACAGAGCAGUGAAAUCAGUUGAAUUUUGGGGGUUAAUCAAAGGGCCGAUUAGCUCUUUGUAUGCUAUCCUGUUCUCCUCUACUCCAUUUCCGCCAUUGCAGUUUGCUACUUAUGUUAUUCUCUCAACUGCACCUAUUUCACAGUUGGCUAUUCUUGAAGAAGACACUGCAUGUUCCUUGGAUGGCGAGACUAGUGGUGACCGGAAUUCAGGUGCUCUUGAAAUGUCAUCAGAAAGAAACAUACGUUUGAAGGAGGAAUUAUCUCUUAUGAUUGAAAAGCUACCUGAUGAAGUUUUUGAAGUCGAUUUAAUAUCACAAGAACGGGUAAAUGUGUUCCUUGCUUGGUCUUUAUUGCUAUCACAUUUGUGGUCAUUAUCAUCAUCAUCAUCUGCAAAGGAGCAAUUAGUCCAGUAUGUGCAAGAUUCUGCUAAUUCAUUGAUAUUAGAUUGCCUUUUCCAGCAUAUUCCUCUGGAAUUGUGUCUGGCACAUAAUCUUAAGAAGAAAGACAUGGAGCUUCCUGUAGACAUUUCAGAGGCUGCUAGUGCAGUAAAAACUGCCAUCACAACAGGGUCACUAUUGUUUUCCAUUGAAACACUGUGGCCUAUUGAACCCAAGAAAAUGACUUCGCUUGCUGGGGCUUUGUUUGGACUGAUGCUUUGCAUUCUUCCUGCUUAUGUUCGGGGAUGGUUUACUGACUUGCGUGACCGCACUGCAUCAUCUCUUAUUGAAUCAUUUACAAGAACAUGGUGUAGUCCUCCUCUUAUUGUGAACGAACUGUCUCAGAUAAAGAAAGCCAAUUUUGCUGAUGAGAAUUUUUCAGUCAGUGUGAGCAAAUCAGCAAAUGAAGUCGUUGCUACAUAUAUGAAGGAUGAAACAGGAAUGGAUCUAGUUAUUCGUCUUCCUCCAUCUUAUCCAUUGCGCCCUGUGGAUGUUGAAUGUAUGCGAAGUCUGGGAAUCAGUGAGGUGAAGCAGAGGAAAUGGUUGAUGUCAAUGAUGUUGUUUGUUCGCAAUCAGAAUGGAGCUUUAGCAGAAGCUAUACAGACAUGGAAAAGCAAUUUCGACAAGGAAUUUGAAGGUGUCGAGGAGUGCCCAAUAUGUUAUAGUGUCAUUCAUACGACCAACCACAGCCUUCCUCGGCUUGCUUGCAGAACUUGCAAGCACAAGUUCCAUUCGGCUUGCCUCUACAAGUGGUUCUCAACCUCUCACAAAUCAUCAUGUCCACUGUGCCAGUCUCCAUUCUGACCUCGACAUCAAUUUUGAGUCAUAGAUCUUGUGGAAAUUCCCUUUCUGACAUUGACUACUCUUAUCAAUAAGUUAACAUGCACGGGGCAAAAUUUGUUAUCCCUUUUCAAAUGCAGGCUUCGGAGGCAAGAACUAUCAAGUUCUCUUACUAUUUUUGUUUUUCAUCGUUAUUGGAGCAAUGCUACUAGAAAAAUCAUGGCUGCUUGAUUAAUGUACAUUAAUGUGAAAUACUCAGACACCAUCAAAUAGAUCAACUAUAAGCAGUGUAUACAGUUAGUCUCUGUAUCAAAUUUUCCCAAGAAUUUUGCCACUAGUUCAGACGACUGUUCAUAUA